AUGUAUCAACAACUUCAAAUUUGUGCCGGUAUCCAAUCGGGCCGGAUAAUCUUCUAUUACCGACCAACGCAAAGGAAUAUUUCGGGUAGCGGCAAGGAUUUGGAGAAACUUCAACAUCUAUUCUGCUUCUGUUCUCCUUACGCUUAUUAUGGCAAUGCCCUUUUCAAGACACCCAAUCUACGUCUCGCUGAUCCGAGGUGGCUACAACGAAAACCUACAAUAUUCAAGAUCAGAAAGAAGCACGCGAAAGCUUCUAUUGUGCUACCUGCUAGCUAUCUAGUGGCCGCGAGGAAUACUAACUCUGCAGAAGUUAUCCGCGAAAACCCAGAAAAACCUGCAGCAAGAUCUGCGGCAACCAUUGCGGGAGCAACCCAGAAUACACACUUCAACCAUAUCGUGUUAGCACAUUACUCGACUCUAACUUCUCCAUUGCUUCUUGUAAUGAGUUCACCUCCCUUGAUCUAG